GUGCACUUACAUGAGCACUCUUUGUUUCAGUCACCUCCAACUGAAGUAAAGCUGCCAUCGAACGCCGGCUACCGUCUUAUUGAUGCAGGUGACUCAUAUCGAAAUGAGGAAGCGAUCGGUGAAGCCAUUAAAGAGUUGAUUCAAGCCGGAAAGAUCACUCGCGAAGAUCUGCUCAUCACCACCAAGUUGUUCUUAACACAUUUGCACCCGGAUGACGUCGAGUGCGCUCUUUGGGAGUCCCUUCGUCGACUUCAAGUGGAAUACGUCGAUCUCUACCUGGCACAUGGUCCGGUAGCAUUCAACCACGAUAUGACGGAACAAAAUCACUCAGUGAAAGUCGAAGAUACGUGGCGUUGUCUGGAAGAUGUGUACAAGAAGGGACUGACUAGAGCAAUAGGCGUCUCCAACUACAGCGGCGAUCAGAUCGAGCGAAUUCUUAAAAUCGCUACGGUGCCACUUCACAACUGCCAGGAAGAACUUCACCUGUACUGGCCUCAACAUGAACUUCAUGAAAUUUGCAAAAAGCGCAACAUUUCUCUUACAUCUCACGGAUCGUUAGGAUCGCCUGGUCGCGUCAACUUCAAGGCUCUGGCAGAUGGA